AUGCAAGUGCGAGAAGUCGUUCCGCGCGAUCCAGCAGGCGCUCGUCCAGGCGCCGUGCUGGCGUACCCCGACACGUCGCGGCCGUUUGAGAUUUUCUCGGAUGCGUCGGAUCUCGCGUUGGGUGGUGUGUUGAUGCAGAGGUCGGAGUCCGGCGACGGUCUACAUCCGGUCGCCUACUACUCGCGCGUGUUCACGAAGCCAGAAGUCAACUACUCGGUCUACGACAAGGAGCUGCUGGCUAUCCUGGAGUGUCUCCGCGAGUGGCGACAUUACGUUUGCGGUUCUGGCAAGAUCACCGUUUGGUCGGACCACAGGAAUUUGCAGUGGUUUACGGAGACGCGGGAGCUGACGGCGCGCGAGGCUCGGUGGUGCGAGAUGCUGGGCGAGUUCGAUCUGGUCAUCAAGCAUCUGGAGGGCUCCAAGAACGGUGCGGCGGAUGCGAUGUCCCGUUCGGCGUCGGGAGCUGGGCCGAAGGAGAAGCUUAAGGGCCGGGUGUUGGACCCCGAGUUGUUGGUGGCUCCAGUCGCUGGCGAGGCCGAUGACGAGCAGAGCGAAGAUUUCGUUUUCUCGCCCGGGGCGACUCUGCCGAGCGCGCCUACGGUCAUGACGCCUACUGCCAUUCGCGAGGCUUUGCAGAAGGCGGUGGCCGAGGGGGAAGAAGAAGGAGUAGAGCUUCUAUCCUCCAAACGAUACCAACUUCACGACGGUCUCAUCAAGCGCGAGGACCGAGUGUUCGUCCCAGAACAUUUACGUCCACAGAUCCUGCGAUACCGCCAUGACGCAGCGACAGCGGGUCACUGCGGAAACCGAAAGACGCUUGAGUUGGUUCAGCGCGACUUUGUCUGGCCUGGAAUGAGAAAGUACGUGGAGCAGUACGUGCACACUUGCCCAGUUUGCCAGAUGGUGAAGCAUGCGAGGCACGCACCAUACGGUCUCUUGACUCCGAUUGAGGCCGCAGACAAGCCUUUCGGCGACUGGUCCAUCGACUUUGUGACCGGAUUGCCAGAUUCUCAAGGGUUUAACGCAGUCAUGGUCUGCAUCGAUCGACUGACUCGAGUUGCACACUUCAUUCCGACGACCAAGUCUGUCACGGCGGAGGAAUCGGCUCAGUUGUUCCUGGAGAAUGUCGUGAAGCUGCACGGCGUUCCGGUUCGUGUCUUGUCUGAUCACGGACCUCAGUUCAUUGCAAAGUUCUGGAAGAUGCUAUGGAAGGCGAUGGACAUCGACCUCUCCUACUCUAGCGCGUAUCAUCCACAAGGAAACGGUCUUGUGGAACGGGUGAAUCAAGCGCUGGAGUCAUACCUGCGAGCGUACGUCAGUGAAGCCGAGGACUGGUCAAGACUCCUUUGGUUGUGCGAGUUCACGUACAACAACACGGUGCACGCGGCGAUCCAGUGCAGUCCGUUCAUGGCCAUGUACGGGUUUCAGCCGGAAAUGGAUGAGAUUAACUUCAAGUCGCCGAAGGCACCUCAAACGGCAGCUGAUCGCGUGGAGGAACUCAAGGCACUGCGCUUCUCGUUGAGAGCGAAUAUUCACCGAGCAAACAUGUCCGCAGCCAAGUUCUAUGAUCGACACCACAAGGCAGCACCUCCGAUCACGGUGGGCAGUCUAGUCACAGUUCUGCGUCGCAGUCAGACGGCCGAGCAACCGUAUGCCAAGUUGGCGUACGUACGCGAUGGUCCCUUCAAGGUCGUGAAGCAGAUCAAUGAGCGUGCUUUUGAGCUGGAUCUAGGUGAAGCAUCCAGCAAGUCCCGCACCUUCCAUGUAUCUGUCUUGGAAUUGUUUGUCGCUGAUGACGUUGAAGGUCGGAUUCGGCGAGUCCUGCCUCCUGUCAAGGACUGGGACGGAACAGUUCGACAUCGAGUUGAGGCGGUGAUUGAUUCGACUCGUCACAGCGAGAUUAUGUACUAUCGCAUCCGAAGGGUAGGCACCACUGCUCGUGAAGACACCUGGGAGCCGGCCAAAGACGUCCAAAUCCUGUUCAACCCACGGCUAGUCGCACGCCCGCUGCUCCAGCUGGCCAAGCUCCACCUCAAGCUAGUGCGACACCCGUUGCUACGCGUUCAGUGGCAACCCCAUCUGCAGUUGCUGCACGUUCCGUAG